UUGGGAUAGGGUUUUAGCAGAAAUCGAUCGAGGCUCCUUUCCUCUCGCAGCGUCGCCUUUCGCCGUCGUCGUUUCUCGGCGUCGAUAACGCCCAGCGGAGAGAAUGUCUUCCCUGCGGAACGCGAUCAGUCGGCGCGCUCACAAGGAGCGAGCUCAGCCGCAAUCGAGGAAGAAGUUCGGGCUUCUCGAGAAGCACAAGGACUAUGUCGUCCGCGCGACGGCCUUCCACAAGAAGGAGGACUCCCUCCGGAGGCUCAAGGAGAAGGCGGCCUUCAGGAACCCCGACGAGUUCUACUUCAAGAUGGUCAAGACCAAGACCGUCGAUGGAGUUCACAGGCCACAGAGCCAGGCAAAUAAAUAUACCAACGAAGAGCUCAUGUUGAUGAAGACGCAGGACAUUGGAUAUAUUCUUCAGAAAGUGCAGAGUGAGAAAAAGAAAAUCGAAAAGCUGACUGCCACGCUGCAUUCUCUCGAUGAUCGCCCGUCGAGCAAUCAUGUUUACUACGCGGAAGACAGAGAAGAGGCGAAAGAGAUACAAUCAUCUUCUAAGAAUGGGAAAAUAUCUUUCGAGGACAUUCCUGAUAAUAUCAAAAGGAAAACAGCUGCUUCAUACAGGGAACUAGAGGCAAGAAAAAGUAGAGUAAAUGAUUUGGAGAAGAUAUACAUGGAAAUGUCGCUGAAGAAGGAAUUGCAGAAGAAGGGCAAGAAGCGAAAACUUCGUGAAGAUGAAAUCAUCUGCCCCACCUCAAAACCAGUAUACAAAUGGCGGUCAGAACGGAAGCGAUGAAUAAAGUUCUUUCUCAGCUUGAUGCUUCUCUUUUGCGCAAGCAAUGGUUCUCAUCUACAGUCAAAUCUCUUCUACAAAACUUACCUGUUUGGAUGACGAUCCAGGUGGCUGACGAACCGAUGUUAAGCCAAGAUCACAAUUUUUUGACACAUGAUAUUUAAUGUGAACCUUGAGUUCGAGCGAGUGUACCGUUAGCUUAUUUGUUGAACAUAAUUUGUGAAAUCCAAGUUGGUCUAUUUUUCCACGUCUCUCUUUCAUUGUGGGCAGAAAAUAUGAAGCUGUCAUCUUUUAGAUUUCAUGCUGGUGUAAGCACAUCUAAGCACAUCUUUCGCACCUCACUUGUUCCUUCGUUGCUUACUUAUUCUACAUUAAUCAUAGUGUAUAAACA